AUGAAUAAUUAAGAUUAAACAAUUAAAAUACUUAAAAUUUCUACAUGUUCAUUAUCCACAUUAGGAUCUCUCUUUAUAAUUGUAGUAUAUUUUAAAAUGGGAAUGAGAAGAAACUUUGCACUCAAAUUAAUAAUGUGUUUGACAAUAAGUGAUAUUAUAUUUUCUUUGUCAAAUUUGAUGUACAUUUAUCCAGGUAAAUGUAAUAUACUAAUAGGACCUAAACCAUAGUAUAAAAUUCUUUGUAUAAUUUAAGGGUUCUUAAUUUAAUAUUCUUCUAUAGCAUGUUUCCUUUUUUGCUUCUUAUUAUGUUUAUGCAUUUUUUGGACAGUAAUUAAAAAUAGAGUUAAUUUAAGUGAACAUUAAAUGACAUUUUAAUUAAUAGGUUUUUGUAGUCCAAUCUUAUUUGCAUUAAUACCUAUAAUAACAAAUUCAUAUAAUACACAAAUAUAUGUAUGUGGAAUAGCAAAUGAUGAUAAUGAUUUGUAUAAAAAUAAUUAGGCUCUCUUUGUAUAAAUUGAAUCAAUUUCUUUAUUCUAUUUACCUUUAUGGUUUUUUAAUAUUGUUGGAAUGACAUUUAUUAUCAGAGUAAGUCUAUUUAUGACACAAUUAAGAUCUUAAUCAUAUUAAAAUUAAAGAUCAAGAAAUUCUGAUUAAUAAGAAAUGUAAUUAUUUACACAAUAAGAAUAUGAACUUUAACUAUCUUAAAGAAUAACUUAAAAUAUGUUAUUAUAUCCUAUAAUAAUGUUAAUAUGCUAUAGUGGAAUGACUAUAUAUGCAAUAGCUAAAUUAUGUGAUCAAGAAAUCUAAAUUUUGAGAGGAAUCAGAUUUAUUAUGGCAGAUUGUCUUGGGUUGUGUAAUUCUAUUGCAUAUAGUUACAAUGCAAUUAUGAUAUUGAGACUUAAAAAAAUGAUGUAAUAAUAAUAAGCUUUGCCUAUGAUGAAAUUUAGAUCAAGUUCUAAAGAUUCAGAUUAUAGUAGAAAAUAAUUUGAAUCAUUUCUUUCCAUCGCAACUAUUUAUAAUGAUUAAUGA